UCAUGCAACUUUUAGAGAGAAAAGCCGCAAUCGUCACAACAAAAGUUGAGGAUGACUCCUAAUAGUAAUAGUUUUGCAAGAAAGGGUCCGUUACGUCUGUGAAACUUCCAGAGGCAGAAGGUAUUCUAGGAUUGUUUUAAAGGUUGUUGACAAGAACAGAAAUGGCAGAGUUUGGCAGCAUGAACACGACUACAAAUACGCCGUCUGCAACUGGAAGUGGUGGACAUGACUUGGAUGCUGCGUACAAGAUUGCUGGAAUAGUUGGAGGCAUUGGCGCCUUUCUGGUGGCUCUGUUGGCACUUUGUUUUGGAAUAUAUCAGUACAUUGAGAAACGCCGCAGUCAACAUGAAGAAAACGGUCAACACUCAUCACGUGGGGAAAACAUAGAACUGAUCCAGACAGGUAUCAGUGACUCCGUUCUACACAAGAUCUCUGAGAUGCUUGGCUCCGAUUCGCGGAAGCUUGCUACACAUCUGGGUGUAAGCGCUGCAAAGAUCUCCCACAAGAAAAAAACAGAUCUUCAAGAUGCUGGACAAAUGGAGGCGCCAACAAUCCACUGGCACGGAUCAGAGUAAAGUGUUAUGCACAGCUCUGAUUGAGAUCGGUAGAAUGGACAUUAUCGAAGGAUUGAUAGAAAUCACCGGACUCCAGGGGCCGUAUACCUUUACGUAUUUGCAGCAGCAAAUUAUCGAUAGCUACAAGGAAACUGCAACGACCAUUCCUGCACACCCUACGCUGCAGUCACGUAAUGUGGGUAUUAAUGAAUUCUUUAUUCCUCUGAAUCUCAGAAAGAACAUUCCAGGCAAAACAAAAUCAGAGAGGUUUGUGACUUUGAUAGAAGGAGAAAGAUUGUUAGAUAUCACAGAAACUUUUAGGCUGAAUUCCUUGGACGAUUUGUUCAAUCCAGAAGUAGUUAAGGAAAUCAAGAUUCUUCUUUCCGGCGGGGCUGGGACGGGUAAAUCAACCCUGUUAGUAAAAGUUGCAAACUCCUGCAUCACACUUGGUUCAAAAUCCCUUCUUAGUAGAUUCGAUCUUGUGCUUUGGAUAAAGCUUAGGCAAAUGCAGCAGUCUAGCUGUGUGUUGGAUGCCAUAUUUGACCAGAUUCUUGCUCAAGACACCAAACUGACAAAACACAUAGUGAAAGGGUUCAUUGAUAAUCAUGAAUCAGGCAUUGCUUUGCUGUUAGAUGGAUUAGAUGAAAUUCCGUCUCAUGUUUUGGAAUCUGAGGAGGGCGUGUACAGGGUUCAGGAUAUCUUACACAACAGAGUCCUUACAAAAAGUUUUGUCUUGGUCACUACACGACCACACAUGAAACAGUACAUACUUAGGGGUCACCCGAAGUACGCCGAGGUUGAGACAUUUGGUUUCACCCCGCAAGACAGAGAUCAGUACAUUAGAUUAAACCUUCCUGAUGACUUGGGCGCUACAUUGAUUUCAUAUCUGGAAGCCAGUACAAAUCUGUCGGAGAUAUCAACAGUUCCAAUCAUUUCCCAGAUGCUGUGCCUUGUUUGGAAGAAUCAAAAGUCAUUGCCUGAGAGAAUUACGGAGCUGUUUGCGAAGUUUGCGGAGGUUCUUUUCAUCCGCCGCAGUGAAGAUAUGGGUGAUCAGCACAUGAUGACCAUCAUGAUGCUCAUCAUUGAUGGCUUGGGGCGUGUUGCAUUGCAAGGGUUACUAGACUCAAGAGGGGAAAGACUCAUGUUUGAUGAAACUGAAUUUCAGAAUUGUCAGUCUUGCUUAACUGAGGGUUGUCGUGUGGGUUUUGUUCAACGUGAAACAUUCACGAUUGGUCUGGAUGUGAAGGUGUUGGUCACUUUCCUUCACAAGUCCAUUCAAGAAUACUUCGCAGCAUGUCAUCUGGUGAAACUACUACUAGAUGAUGCAAAGAUUUUCCAACAUCAGUUGGAGCGGAUUGGAGAACACAAUGUUCUUGCGAUGGAAUACCUGCUGAGAUUUUGUUGUGGUAAAUCAGUGCAGGCUGCUGGUCUCAUUCUGGAUCACAUACGAGAGAUGCAAGGUGACAAGAGCAAACCACAGAGACUGGCUCAGUUGUUCUUGUUUGAGUCUGGUUCUGCAGAGUUGGCUACCAAACUUGUCAGACCAACUUGGGUGAAGUGCAAGAGUAACGAAGACCUGAAAUCACUGAGCUACUACUUACAGCAUGUCACUCCGCCACUGGAAGGUACAGAUUUUUACAUGACUGUAAGAAAGCAGGAGCUUGCCCUUUUAAGGGGAAUUUUUCUGAGUGACAGCAUGGAGUCAGCUAAGCUGGUAAAUGUUAACUACCACUUGUCUGAGCAGGAGGAGGAGGAGCUUAGUCUCCUUCAGGAAACACUUGGUGUGGUGGAUGAACAGCACAGUGCUCGAUUACACAUUAUAGUUUUCAUUGGGCUGAAGUCAUGGUUUGACGUGGGGCGUGUAUCACACAGCUUUUUCCAAAUACAGAAACAAAUAGGUUGGCUUGGUUUGGCUAUGCCCGCACGAUCACCGGAGGAUGUCAAUCUAUUGAAGGCACUGCAAGGAUGCAGGUUGAGUUAUCUCUCACUGUAUUACACCAACUUGCAUGCACGGGUGAGAGAUGUCAUGAGCCACAUCUCGUCAUCCCUUAUAAUCUUUUUCCUCAAGGGAUGCAGGUUGGUCGAUGAUGACGUGAAGGACCUGAUGAGCAUUCUUCCUGCUGGGCAUGGUUUAAAAGGGCUUACCCUUGAUGACAAUGCAUUCAGUUUGGAUGCAGUAAGGGCUCUCAGCCAUCAUCUCCGAGGUCUCCCUGAGAUAAGUCACUUGUCACUUCGUAGCAUUGGCCUUGAUCCAGAGCUCAUCAGACAAGUCGUCAGUGAAAACCUCCCUCGCCUGCAGCAAACAGAAGAGGGAGAAUUCAAAGCCUAUUAAUCUCCCACCAAAUCAUAAUUAUCACCCUGUUCCCUAUGACCCUGUUCCCUAUUUGGACACUUUU